AUGGACAUGGACGAGGACGACCAGAGGAUAGAUAAAAACUCUGGAGAACCUAGCCCUCACGGUCCAUCAUCUCGUAGUCACGAUCCUUCCCGCACGGCAACAACAUCGACAACAAGUCAUGAUAAUCCUCAGGACCCAGACAACAUACUAGCUCCAGCCCCAACAAGACGGCGUGGCCCCCCUAAAGGUCGUUCAUCCAAGUCUACAACUACUGCCUUGACACCGUCGCCGUCAACAAUAACAACAGCAACGGCACCAACAACCGCUUCAACGUCGUCUCACCCCCCACCUGUCAGGCGUCCAAGCACAGAUAGCACCGAGUCGAUGGAUCCCACUGGGUACGGAGGCCACGGUCAGAGCUCCUCGUCUUCCAGCAUGGCGCCGUCUACUCGGUCUAAUAUGCCUAUGAGGCCAGUGCCAAACUCUGCCGGCGAGAGCAACCUUCCCGUCAAGUUGACCCCGAUCACCGGCCGUGUCAGUAGAGCGAAGAAGGGUGUGCCUGUCCAUACAUGUGAAACCUUCACAAGAGCGGAGCAUCUUAGACGUCAUGCACUCAGUCACAAGACUCCCGGAUACCAGUGCACGUUUCCUGGCUGUGAUAAGGCUUUUCACAGAGCAGAUCUGCUUACCCGUCAUGUCCAGAGACAUGAGCAAGAUGAUAAGUCAUCGAAGGGUACUAGUGGAGACAUGAGCCGCCGGACAUCAGAGGUGUCGUUCGAGGAAGGUUCCUCCUCUAGAAUGGGGGGCUACAUGCAACACCCUUCGAUGGGUGGUGGCUCGGGCUCUCGUGGCCCCAUGAGCGCCCCCUCGGAUAUGUCCCCAGGAUCAGCCUACCCUGGUAAUACGCCUUCUUACCAGCCAAUGAGUAAUCAGGGGAGCAGUAGUGGACAGACCCCAAUGUCUCCUCCGCAGCACACCGGCCGGCGUGACAGCCACAGAUCGACUUCAGCCGGGCCGUCGCAGGGGCACCACUAUGUGUUGUCGUCUCCUCAGCAAAUACCUUUCAUCAGCAACCAGCCUCCAAGCAUGGAGGGCUCACCCUUGGCAGGGACCACUUUCGGGCUGGAAUACCAACAACCACGCACGUUAUCUCCAUAUCCUAUGUACAUGGGUCCACAAGGCCUGGUACCCGAUCUACCUAGCUUGACAAUACCUGACGACAAUGUUCCAGGUCUGCUCGCCGCCCACGAAGCAUCUCCGUGGGCCUCGUCCACGCCUGACAGCAACUUCUCCACGCCCUCAGACCCUGGGCAGAGGAGGAACAUGCCUCGAAGCUACGGUUCUCCGAGCGGGGACUGGCACGAUCCCCAAAUGUACCAGGCUGGCACCUCCAGCAGCGGGAUGGACCCCAUCGCGACGACAUCAGCUCCCUACUUUGUCAACCCAUUCGCUUCGUCGACCGAGCAGUCUUACGACCCAAUGCUCCUGGCGAAUUACGGCGAGCACACCAUAUUCGACCCGCACUCCCACCCCUAUUCUACAGUUCGUAGUCCGACCCCACCGACCGUCACCUUGUCCGCUCAAUCGGCUGAGAAUCUAGUCACCCUUGCAGCACCGUCAAUACCGGCCGCGGCGGGGAUUCUAGGCCGCCAGAAGGAUUCGGCAGGGUUAGGGUUGUACACUAACGCUGCCUUCCUGACGGCGGUCACGCUGUCGCGGCCGGUCUUGAACGCCAUCCCCGAAUACCUCGAGCUGUACUGGAAGCGCUUCGACACACUCUUCCCCCUGGUCCACCGCCGGAGCUUUGAAACCGCUGCUGACGAGAUUCUGCGUUGUGCCAUGGCCGCCAUGGGCUCGCAGUUCCUCCAAGGCAAGGAGGAUCGCAUGAGAGGUAACAUUUUGCAUGAGUAUGCCUGGCAAGAAGUUCAACGUUUUACGACCUGGAACGUCUCGGUCAUGCAAGCGAUCCUCCUAUGCGAGUUCUACUCACGGUUCCGUGGCCGGAAAGUGGCGAACAACCGGUCGGCGCCCUUCCAGUCGCUCUACGCGAGGGUGGCCGACUUCUCAAACCCGGACCACGACUAUGCCGCCACCGCCGAUGCUCGGGCCGAGCAGCACUGGACCGCAUGGAGCGAAUGGAUCGACGCCGAGUCUCGCCGCAGACUUCUCGCUGCCUGUUUUGCUUUGGAUGUCCACGCAUCCGUGUACCACGAAAACCACUUUAACCUCCAAUUCUCGACACCUACGCCCCCCAUCCCCCUGACCAGACCCAGCGUGGACCUCUGGGCCGCUCGGUCCCCCGAGGAGUGGGCGGCCCUCCUCGCCUCGGCCGAUCCCAUGGAGCCCGCCACCCUGCCCGAGGAGAACCUCACCCCGGAUCGCAUCGCCACGGCGCCUCCCCUCGACCGCGGCGUGUUCCUGGCCUCCGAGACCCUGCGACUGCCCCGGCGCGCCUCGGCCUCCCAGCUCGACCUGUCCGUCCCGGUCGACCUAUCAUCGCCGGCCGCCGAGCGCAUCUCCACGCUCUUCCCCGGGCACCCCGUGGCGGCCACCACGCUGGCGCUGCACCACACGCCGCUGCACGACCUGCUCGCCAUCAGCGGCGACAGCUGGAUCUUCUCCAUCAAGAUGACCGACCCGACACGUUUCCAGCAGUGCCAGCGGCGGCUGCUGCAGUGGAGCAACAGCGCGCACGCGGGCGCGGCCGCGGGGUUCGCGGCCAGGGCCCUGCUGGCUUUCCUUGAUACUACUACUUCUACGAUUUCUUUGCCUACUAAUAAUGCUAAUGAUACUAUUACUACGACCACGACCACCCAGCUACAGCCGGUGAUGAACACCCGCUCGAAGCAGCGCGAGCGGAAGAGGGAGGCGGCGGCGGCAAAGAAGCAACAACAAGACCGCGAUUGGAAUAUGGACAUCAUCUCGGACUAUUGGGCCCUUUACACGUGUGCUCUCGUCAUCUGGGCGCUGUGUCACCCCUCGGCGCGCGGCCGUUCCAGCUCCGGGUCUACGUCUGCUACGACCUCCUCGUCGGGCAAUGCUACUGCCAACGCCGCGCGAGAGAAAGCAGAUGAGCGCGACGCCCGGGGUUGGCUGGCGCUCGUGGCCGACCUGCAGCGGCCGGACGAGGUGCUGGGUGUACGCGGGCGCCGCGAGGCCGCUGGCGUCGUGGGAAUGGUGAGGCGGAGGCUGGAAGAUGAGGUUGCGGGAGGGAAGGGGAGGCUGCUGGUCGAUGCGGUGGGCGUGCUGCGGAAGUUGGAGGAGGGCGUUGGGCGGAGGUGGUUCUAG